UCCACACAUUAAAAAGCUCAUAUUUGACUCAACUAAAAAAAUUACUAAAAUUAUGAUUUUUAAACCUUCAAUUUGUUUAUCUUAUCCAUAUUGCCGACAGAAACGCACGUCGUUAUAGGACUUUGCCACGCUAAAUUACAAUUUGCCCUAACGUGUCAGUUGAAUUACUUCAUGCAAACACUUGUAAGCCUCUCCUGCCAUUGCCAUUCGAGUCAACAACCUUUUCUCUUCUAUAUAAACUCAAAUCUGAUCCGUCGCAUACUGCACAAAAUCUUAAGUUAGAAGAGCUAGUUGAAUUGCUAUUGAAAAUAUUCGACAGUGUUGUGGUUGAUUUUAGAGUUGCAAAUUAAGAGAAAGAAAUGGCCUAGUACAAGGACGAAUACGGCAGAGAAAUUCGUGAGACAGAUGAAUAUGGCAAUCCUAUCCGCCAGACUGAUGAAUACGGCAGAGACAUUCUAUAUUUUCCAUUUUUAAAUAGGAAAAUUUAAGUCAUUUCUAGAAAAUCUCAAAUAUUUUUCGAAGCAGAUUUUUUUAGCCUCUGAUGAUACUCGCUUGUUAAAAAACCCAAAAAGGAAAAAUAAUUUUGAAAAAGCCAUUUUUAAAUGAGAAAACUUGAUUGUAUAUCAAGGAGAGUGAUAUACAGUAAAGCAUAAAGAUGGAAGAUGUUUGGAAGUCGGUUCUUGUUUUCUUUUACGCUACAAGCGUUGCAUCAAUCUCCAUUUACUCUCUGCCUCUAAUGAUUUUGGAAUGUUGUACAUUAAUAUAUUAUCAUUCUAAUGAUUUUGGAACGUUAUACGUUAAUAUAUUAUCAUUAUAUAUUUCUGCCAGGAAAGGAUUUAUAGGAAGUGAAAUAGAUUUUUUGACUGUCUUUGGCUAGUUGGAAUCUAUUUUUUGAACAUUUCAAUUUGGGUUCUGGUUUUUUUGUUUUUGGAUAAUCUGAUUGUUCUUGUAAAGAGAGAGAAUAGCAACAAAAAAUGGAGUUGGGGAAGAAAUGUGAGUCAAUUGUGAAUAGAGCAAAUGAAGGGUAUGGGGUGGGACUGGUGAGGAGUACAUCGUUUGAGAGGCAAAGGGUUGCUUUGUCGAAUAUUAAUUUGGAGUUUGAUGGUCAUAAUGAUUAUAUUCUCACCACACAGACAAAGAGACAGUGCUAUGAAUCUGUUCUUGAAGCCCUGCCUCAGGACGUUCUGAUUAGGAUAUUGUGUGUAGUUGAGUAUGAGGAUUUGAAGAGGUUGGUUUUAGUAUCAAAAUCAAUACGAGAUGCGGUAAGAUUUUGUGGCCCUAAAGAUUUUUACUUUAAUUAAUUUUUUUCCCCUGGGGAUUUACUUGAGU